CAUGGCCGCCGCCUACUGUAUCCGCCAGCCUGCGGCUCUCUUGGCGGUGUUGUUGCUCUUGUCCUUCGGCUGCCUGGCCGCUAGUCAGAUCGAGGAUCAAGCAGAACAAUUCUUUAGAAGUGGCCAUACAAACAACUGGGCUGUUUUGGUGUGUACAUCUCGAUUCUGGUUUAAUUAUCGGCAUGUUGCAAAUACUCUUUCUGUUUAUAGAAGUGUCAAAAGACUAGGUAUUCCUGAAGAUGAUAUGGCAUGCAACCCUAGAAACCCGAAACCAGCUACUGUGUUUAGUCACAAAAAUAUGGAGCUAAAUGUGUAUGGAGAUGAUGUGGAAGUGGAUUAUAGAAGCUAUGAGGUAACAGUGGAGAAUUUUUUACGGGUAUUAACUGGGAGGAUCCCACCUAGUACUCCUCGGUCAAAACGCCUUCUUUCUGAUGAUAGAAGCAAUAUUCUUAUUUAUAUGACAGGACAUGGUGGAAAUGGUUUCUUGAAAUUUCAAGAUUCUGAAGAAAUUACCAACAUAGAACUUGCAGAUGCUUUUGAACAAAUGUGGCAGAAAAGACGCUACAAUGAACUACUGUUUAUUAUUGACACUUGUCAAGGAGCAUCCAUGUAUGAGCGAUUUUAUUCUCCUAACAUAAUGGCUCUGGCUAGUAGUCAAGUGGGAGAAGAUUCUCUCUCGCAUCAACCUGAUCCUGCAAUUGGAGUUCAUCUUAUGCAUAGAUACACAUUUUAUGUCUUGGAAUUUUUGGAAGAAAUUAAUCCAGCUAGUCAAACUAAUAUGAAUGACCUUUUCCAGGUAUGUCCUAAAAGUCUGUGUGUAUCUACUCCUGGACAUCGCAUUGAUCUUUUCCAGAGGGAUCCUAAAAAUGUCCUGAUAACUGAUUUCUUUGGAAGUGUACGGAAAGUGGAGAUUACAACAGAGACCAUUAGUUUGCAACUGGAUUCAGAAAUCAUGGAGAGCAGCUUUAAGGAAGACCUAAUGGAUGAAGAGCUAAUGGAACCUCUUAAAUAUGCUGAACAACUUCCUGUAGCUCAGAUAAUACACCAGAAACCAAAGUUGAAAGAUUGGCAUCCUCCUGGAGGUUUUAUUCUGGGAUUAUGGGCACUCAUUAUCAUGGUUUUCUUCAAAACUUAUGGAAUCAAGCAUAUGAAGUUCAUUUUUUAGACUUUGAUAGAUGAAGAAGAAAGCAUGGAAGACUACAACCUUGGAUAAAAAUUUCUGUCAUAUGAUUUUAAAGAUACAAUUCUCUUUGCAUGAAUUGGCGAAAACUAUAAAGAAACUAAAUUUAAAUAAGCUGUUGAUAACUAAAAGAAAAAUAAUUGUUAAUGCAGUUGCUUAAUGGCACCAAUUAUAUUUCGACUUUAUUUUGUGUGUUAUAAAAACAACUGGGGCAGAGAAAUGGGAAUGUACUGAUUGAUUUUUUAGAAUAACAAUUUCCCUAUAUCUCCUGUUUAUUCAAAAAAGAAAAAAUUGUGAAGUCAUGAAAUUCUGAUAGAAGCAACUUUUUAAAUAAUUUCUUAUGUGUCCUCCUGGUCUUUUUAUUUUGCACUUAUUUUCCCCAAGUGGAGAUCAUACAGGAAACCACUUUUAUAAUUUAUCCUUUUUCAUUUUACUAUAUAUAAUGUUUCCCUUUCAUUGGAUAUUCAAGAAUGCCUUGUGAACUACUGCAUAAUACCUGUUAUAUGAGUGUGUAGUCCUUUAUUUGACAGCCUUAGACUGUUGGACUACUGACCUUGUUCCCGAAGUUUUCCUUUGAUUGAUUCUUUAAUGUAUGAACCUAUUAACAUGUUACUUUCAGUCACUCAUAGAAUUCUGUAGCUUUAAUUAUAAGAUUAACAAAUUGAUUUCUUAAUCUAUGUCA